ACAGGAUGGUUGUGAUCCUUAAUGCGAACACAUACUGGUAACUGAACUUUAGUCCUUUGUGAGAACAGUAAGUUUUCUUAAACACUGAGCUGAAAAAAAUUUUUUUUUUAUUUUUGAACUGUAAUUUUUUUAAUGGCGAAAAGGAAAGAAAUAUUCAAGAAAAAGUCCCCAUGCUCUUCCCAGUGUUGACAUUGCUAAGUUUCUUGGUAGCAUAUUGCCCUUCCAUUAUUGUCUCUAAGAAAACCCGACCACCUACCCUUCUCCAUCACUCAAAGACGAUGCCAAGUCAUUUCAUUCUUGUUACGCUGCCCUCCCUUGUUUCAGUCCCCUCCUCACUGACUCUCCUAAGGGGAGGCUUUUUCUUAGCGAAAGCUCUAAACAACAAGAAAACCAGCGGAUUUACUCGAGAAAGCACUAGUUCAUUUUUACCUUGAGUUUCAGGCAACGUUUACAUCCAUCACCUCACUUUUGGACUUUGUCCAAGGAGUCUGCAUCUGUGCUGUAGGACCUGAAGAAGGAAGCAGAAAACAAAUUUAAUUAUCCACAUCAUGGCAAGGUGCCGCCACCACUCAGGUUAUCUGGCUGACGACGAGGCUGCUCACGGCACCUAUGUGGCUCGGCUGCCCAAGAAGCAUCUGUUGCCAGAGAUGAGGCCAACUUGCAAGCUUGGGCGUGUACCACACCUACCAUCAAUGAACCGAUACUCAGAGCGCCAGGGCCACCAGCAAAACCUUAGGCGCCCUCGGGCAUUUGGUGGCUUCCUGGAUUUCCUCACGGAGGGUCAGGUACUGGACAGCUUGCAGACAGUCGUGGAGCAGGCAACAGAAUGUGUGGCUACCAUGAAGACAGAGGCUGGAGUGCCACUGGUGGAUGUACAAGACCGAGUGGAGGUGCCAAAUAGUAGGCAUCGUUCUCGAGGCAGACCCAGCAUCAACACUGUGCAUCGGCACCGUGCUCGGCCCACGCUGUGUGCUGGACACCCAAACAAUUACCCAUCUUGCUCCAGCUCCAUGUCUGACUCCCAUAGCAGCGUCACAGCUGGAUGGCUGGGGUCCCGCAGCCAAGACAGUGACCUGGGUGCCAGAGGCGUAGGCUCAUUGCCACCCAUGAGGGACAAACUCCUGCUUGAGAAAAACCUCAAGAGGCUGCUACGACUGGAAAGCAAAGGGAAAGUUCUGAAUCAACACUGCUCCCAGAGGGAUUCCCUGCUAUGGGACUCACUGGGCAGCCAGAGCAGCAGUCAGCCGACCCGGGAACAGCCCCUGUCUUGGUUCUCUGGGCUUCUGGCCUCCACUUCAGUCACCCCUGAAACUUCAGAGUUGGGACUCGGAGAACAAGAGAUGAUUUUCCUCAAACAAGAAUUAAACAAGGAGAUAAAGUCACUGCUGAACCAGCCAACCUCCUUCAACCUGCCUACCUAUUGUCCACUCAGGGAACCCCAUCGUACCCUGGAUUUCCUGUCUGAGCACCACCUCUUUCCAGCCCUGCAGCGUGUGGUCAGCCAGGCUGUAGACAAGCUGAGCCAUGCCUGCCGCCACAAUGGCUUCCCCCUCUUCCCUGUUACCUCAGAGCUGUCUCCAGUGUUUCCUGGGAACUCCGAUCUUCAACCCAGCUCUAAGGCUUCCUUACCCACCGACAGGGAGGCUAGGGGAGAGACUUGUUAUUCUCCCACCUCGGCCUCCAGCCCUAAGACAUCUCACAGAAAAAGCAAGGACAGAAGGGGCUCCCCAUCUAAUGCAGUCCAGAUGGCUACCAGAUUCAGGCUCAAGAGCCCCAACAAGUUUUUGAAGAAGAAGGCCCUGCCCUCCAUCUCAUCGGUGUCCAGCUUAUCCUACAUCUCUAACCCCUGGUUUGAGGAACUCACUAACUUCUUGGUUGAGCAGGCAGUCUCCUUGCUUAUCUGCAAGUACAAGUUUGAGGAAAGCCUCAACAAGCAGCUUGGUUUCAUCUCCUUUCCGAUCACUGAGGUUCUCAUGGACAUCUUUCUGGGCUUCAAGAAGGUGAAGGGUACCCACAUCCGCCUAUCUUCAGACAUCAACUGGACCUGUCUUCUGCGUAAGUUGGAGGAAGCAGAGAUGGCGCGGCAGGCCCUGAGACAUGUCUCCAGGUCAGGAACCUCUCCACAUAGCACCUCCCGUAUUGUCACCUCCCACCAUAGCACAGGACCCUCCUCUAGGCAACCAGAGCUUACUCGUGACACAGAUCAGGACCAGUCUCCAGAGUCCCACCUCUCCCUCCACCCUGCGUUGCCAAUCCGCCAGGUGAUGGGUCCUCGGGAUUCUAGAAUAGGCCAGAAACAGACAGCAAACACAAACCAGUCAGAGGCCAGACGCUCUGUGAUUUCCACUGCCGGUAUGGGCUCCAAGACCAAGGAAGUGGUGAACAUUGAAGAGGGUAAGGACACUGAAGAGGAGGAGGAAGAGGAAGAGGAAGAGGAUGAGGAGGAAGAGGAUGAGGAGGAAGAGGAUGAGGAGGAGGAUGAGGAGGAAGAUGAGGAAGAGGAGGAGGAGGAGGAGAGAGGAAGUGAGGAGGAAGAAACCAAGGAUUUUUCUGAGUGUGAGCACGCUCCUAGCCCGCCUUUGCAUGAAUUGGAGAACUCUGUGAAUGAGACCACUAUAGUGAGCCCCGGUGACUCCCAAUGAGACUUCUGUAAGUCACGUGGAGUACUCCAGUCCUUUUCUCCUCUUGUUCUAUCCAAGUCGCUGGCCACCCAGCCAGCCCCUGUCCUAAGUGGGGGUCAGGAUAACUGGGUGCUCAGGAGGAGUUCUGCUAAAGUUAUCAAGGGAGCCAAAGAGACAAAUGGAAAUAAAUUACGUGUUGGUGGACA